AUGACUGUAGGCGUACCGGGCAAAUACCGUGUGGUCACAGACUACAAGGAUGACCAAGGCGACUUCCGUGGUGUGAUGCAGCAUACCGGUGCAACCACUGGCGGCGCUUAUACGGCCUGCACGCGCGUCACAAGCCCCAAGCCUGAGACCGGUAAAGACAAAGGGGACAAGAAGGGUAACAACAAGGAACGCAGCGUCCAGGCGACUGAGGCUGAGAUCGCCGAGGAAUACACCAGCCACAGUGUCAACGAUCUGGCCACCCGCGCAAAAAAGAAGAAGAUUGGUAGCGCUACCUGUGAAGGCACCACGCUCUCUAAGAACGAUGUCGCCAAUGCUUUCAAGGAGGGGGGUGACCGUCGCGUCGGCGGCUAUCCGCACAAAUUCGGUAACAAGAGCGCUGGAGCCCAGGUUUUUGAGGGCGUCACCAAAGACUUGCGCGAGUAUCCUAUCCUUAAAGGUGGAACUUGGACUGGCGGCCCACCCGGCAAAUACCGUCUUGUCGCCGACUACAAGAAUAACUUUGUUGGAGUCAUGGUUGACAAACCUGGUGCUGCUUUCACCCGUUGCACUGUCAAUGCUGAUUAG